UAUCUCCCUUUGAAAACAUUUCGCCAUUUGUGGUCAUUAGCACUUGUAGGCUGUUAUCCUGGAUAUGGAAACUUCUGAGCAAACAGUAAGACAUAGAAUCUACAUUCUAAAGACGAAAGCCUCACAUUCAUGUGAAAAAGACAAUGGAGGAAAACAUGAUUUUUAUAUGGACAGCCACGACCAUCAUAAGACAUCAAGAAGAAGAAUGAGACACAUUGAAAAGAAGAGGCAUAAAGAAAAUUCAGACAAAGAACUAAAGAAUGAAAAAUCGAAAUCAAAUGUAUCGGGAGACUGUACAAAUGUAUCAGAGAAAUGGGAAAUCCCUUGGUUCAAGUCACAGAAAUCUGGAAUACACCCACAUGAUAAGUACUACUCCACAGUUAAAUCAGAUGAGCACAGAGAUUUUGGAAAAUGGCAAAAAGAUAAAUAUAUAAAACCUUGCGCUAGUAAAUGGGAAAUUUCUCAAAUAACUGAAUCUGAACGAUACAUUAAGUCAGUCAAGGCAGAUGAGUUACAGAAAUGGAGAGGAAAUGUCUUUAAAUUUGGAAGUUACCAAACAAAAGAUAUUGAGAGCAAUGAUGAAAUUGAAAGACAACAUAACCUUAGGAAAUCUUCAGAUACAGUUCAAUUAAGUGUUCAGGCUUCAGCAGGGACACCAGAUGUUGACGAAAUGCUUUCUCUAGAUACAGAGAUGAUGCAAUUACAAAGUACAUCAGCAAUUCUUAAGCCCAUGAAUAUGGAAGAGCUUGACAAAGGACCAAGUUUUAAGAGUGACCUACAUAGUGCAUCAGAUGUUGUAGCUGAUGUUGUAUGUACGCCAUGUGAAGUUGAUGGGACGAGAGAAGAAGCACAACAAUUUUGUUCCACAUGCCAGGAGUAUCUGUGUUCAACAUGUGCAAGAUGUCAUCAACGAAUGAAGGCAACAAAAGAGCAUAAACUUACCAACCUACCAAAUGGAAGUAAAAGGGCUGCAGAAAAGUAUGUAAAGUGUUGGUUCCACCCUGAUAGAAAUAUCGAGAUGUAUUGUACAACACAUGACAUGGUGUAUUGCGUAAGAUGCAUAGCAACAGAACAUAGAUCAUGUGAAGGAGUGACUGAUGUUGAAAAUGUCGCAAGCAAGGGAAGUAGUAUCCGCCAUGUGCAAACUUUGCAACACGAAUCAAAGUUGAUGUAUGAUCAGCUGGUUGCUUGUGAUAAGAAAAAAGAGAAAUAUCUCAAAUCUACUAAAGACCUUAGUUUAAGUAUUACGUCCAAAAUUAAUGAAACCAAACAAAAGAUGAUACAACAUUUUGAAAGUUUGGAGAGAAAUGCAAUAAGAGCUCUGCAAAAGGCACAGGCUGACAUAGAAAGUGACAUUGAAGCUGAAAAGAGUAAUAUUAGUAAAAUGAUUGAGACAAUGGGGGAUAGAAAUCAGAAAUUGGAAAAUACAUGCCAAAUGGGAAAUGCUCAAAGAUUUAUCCAAGUAAAGCUGAGUAAAAUGGCCAUAAGUAAUGCAAGGCAGUUGUUUGACUUAGCUGAAUCAAAAUCUGAAAAAGUUAUCGACUAUACAGAAAAUGAUGAACUGAUCAAAUCGAUCUUGACAGGAGAAAAUCUGUAUGCAAUUUCCAUACAUGAACAAGAAAAAUCCUGAAAAUGUUGUGCUCAUGGCUAAGCUUUUUGGAUCAACUGAUAGCUUGUGUACGGCGUCAAUUCUUCCUUGAUGUUAACACACUAUGUCACAAUUUUGAACUGGUCUUUAUUUUACAUUGUUUAAAUGAUUCCCUCAUUAAUGUCUUGGAACAAAUUGAAAACAACCAGGUGAAAUCGAAAGAAAAUUUUGUUUUUCACACUAGAACCAUAUAUUUGAUUGGAUUUUCAUUAAACUUUGUAAGAAUGUUUUCUUUUACGAUACCUUGUUUUACGAUACACCACGUUUUUAUGUGAUUUAUGUGAAUAAAACUUGAUCAGAUUGUCCAAA